AUGGCGCUCGUCAACGUCCGUCGUGAUGUCACCGACGCUUACUACCGUUACAAGAUGGAGAAAAUCCAGACCAAAAUUGAAGGAAAAGGUAACGGUAUCAAGACUGUCGUUGUCAACCUGAGCAGCGUUGCUGCUUCUCUUGCCCGCCCCGGAUCGUACGUCAUCAAGUACUUCGGUUUCGAGCUUGGUGCUCAAACCAACAUCGAUCCUCCUGAUGAUCGCUGGAUCAUCAACGGUGCCCACGAAGCUUCUAAGCUGCAGGACCACCUCGAUGGCUUCAUCAACAAAUUCGUUCUCUGCAAGAAGUGCAAGAAUCCCGAGACUGACGUCGUCAUCAAGGACGGCCACAUUGUCCUCGACUGCAAGGCCUGUGGCCAGCGCAGCGAUGUCGAUCUCCGUCUGAAGCUGAGCGGUUUCAUUCUGAAGAACCAGCCCAGGAAGGGCGGCAAGAAGGACAAAGCCGAACGCAAGGCUGCUCGCAAAGCCAAGCAACAGGCUCUCCAAAACGGUAACAAAGAGAACGGUCAAGGAAGCGGUGGAGAGGGUUCCGAGAACGGCUCCAACAGGACCAGCGACAAGAACGAUGAGGAUGACGACGCCGGUAGCGAUGACGAGUUUACCCGCAAGAUCAACGCUGACGCCCAGGUCAUCGAUGCCCCGGUCGAAGUCAAAGAUGACGACUGGGCUGUUGACAUGUCCGAGAAGGCCGUCAAAGCUCGUCAAAGCCAGCUCCCGAGCGAAUUCCGUCAGAAACUCGUCCUUGGUGGCGCCGACGAGGAUGACGAAGAUGGAGAGGGCGGUGGUCACACCGUCUACGACACCCUGGGUGACUGGAUCCAGGAAGAAGCUGCUAAGACUGGUAGCAUUAACAAGGUUGAUGAUAUUCAAAUUUAUGUCAAAGCUAAGGAGCUUGGAAUUGAGACCAAGCACAAGACUGUCUUGGUCCUCGUCCAGACUCUAUUCGAUGAGAACAUCAUUACUCAAAUCCCCAAGCGUGCCGCGAUGCUCAAGCAGAUGAUCACUUCUGAACGUCAUGAGAAGGCUUUCUUGGGUGGCAUUGAGCGUCUUCUAGCCUCCCAGAGCAAGGAGCAUCCUGAGUUGAUGACUAGCGACAAGAUUGUCAAGAUCCUCCACCAGCUCUACGACAAGGACCUUGUCAGCGAGGACAUGAUCAAGAAGUGGGGUACCAAGGCCAGCAAGAAGUACGUCGAUAUCGCUACGUCAAAGAAGAUUCGCCGUGCUGCUGAGCCGUUCCUCAAGUGGUUGGAGGAGGCCGAGGAGGACGAUUCCGAUGAGGAGUAG